UCCAGAGACAGAGAGAGAAAAUGAGCAUGGAUACAAAACCGGUCCAGCUGGAACCAGAACCCAUGGAGAGCAGAAAUGCCAUGAAUAUUGAUGAUGAUGCUAAAUGGCUGGAGUGGGUGUCACGCCAGUUUGCGGCCAUUGCUGGCAAAGACCGGGAGAUUGACCUGCAAGAAUUCAAGACAGCAUUGAAAGUGAAAGAGUCCUUCUUUGCAGAGAGGUUUUUCGCCCUGUUUGACUCUGAUGGAAGUGGCACCAUCACCCUACAAGAGCUGCUGGGGGCUCUGAAUCUGCUCAUCCAUGGGAACACGAUGGACAAACUCAAAUUCCUCUUCCAGGUGUAUGAUGUGGAUGGCAGCGGAUCCAUUGAUCCAGAUGAGCUUCGCACAGUGCUGCAGUCUUGCCUGAAGGAGAGCACCAUCUCUCUGCCAGAAGAGAAGCUGGAUGACCUCACCCUGGCCCUUUUUGAAUCAGCUGACAAAGACCAUAAUGGCUCUAUCACCUUUGAGGAGCUCCGGGAGGAAUUAGACAAUUUUCCUGAGGUCAUGGAAAAUUUAACCAUCAGUGCAGCCAGUUGGCUAAAGCCUCCAUCCUCCAAGAAAAGGCCACGGAUGCCUCGCUACCUGACCUUAGCAUACUGGCAUAACAACAUUGGCAAGCUGGCCAUUCUGGCAGCCUACAUCGGGGUCAACAUCCUGCUCUUCACCCUGGCAGCCCUGAAGUACCAGGCCUUAGGAGCCAGUGUCAUGGUGGCCAGAGGUGGUGGCCAAUGUCUGAAUUUCAACUGCAGUUUCAUUGUGGUGCUGAUGCUGCGGCGUUGUCUCACGUGGCUAAGGGCCACAUGGUUGGCCCAAGUUUUCCCGCUGGACCAGAACGUUGAGUUCCACCAGCUCGUCGGCUAUGUGGUAUUUGGAUUUACGCUCAUACACACCAUUGCCCAUGUGGUCAACUUUGUGCGUCUUUCUCAAUUGGAGGACAGCCCCUUCCAGUUCUGGGAAUAUCUCCUCACCACCCGGCCUGGCAUUGGCUGGGUACAUGGCACAGCUUCCCUCACGGGCAUUGUUCUGCAGCUUCUCAUCCUCAUCAUGCUUGUGUGUUCCUGCUCCUUUGUCCGGAGGAGUGGGCACUUUGAGGUGUUCUACUGGACCCACCUCUCCUACAUCUGGGUCUGGGUGCUGCUCAUCAUACAUGGGCCCCAUUUCUGGAAGUGGCUGCUGGCCCCUGGUCUCUUAUUCUUCCUGGAGAAAGUUGUAGGGUUGGUGUUGUCACGCAUGGCGACCCUAUGCAUUGUGGAAGUCAACCUGCUCUCCUCCAAGGUCACUCACCUCGUGAUCAGUAGACCCUCUUUUUUCCACUACAAGCCUGGAGAUUACAUAUACUUGAACAUCCCAGCUAUUGCCAAAUAUGAAUGGCAUCCUUUCACCAUCAGCAGUGCUCCAGAGCAGGAAGGCACCAUCUGGCUACACAUCAGAUCUCAGGGACAGUGGACAAAUAGGUUGUACGAAUACUUCAAGGCUUCUGACCCUAUUUGUUUUGGUGUCAAGAGGCUCACACAGAGCCUGAAGUUCAGAAGGAGUCAGAGGAAGCUCCAGGAAACCAAGAUUCAUGCCUUGGGUGCUCAUUCUGCUAAUACAACUCAAGGAGUAGUGGCCACUAGCACCGAGAACACUGUGCAACUGAUGAACUACAGGUCUGAGAAACUGUCCCAGGCAAAGAAGGAAGACUUUAUUGACUAUGAAAAGGAGAGAGAAGAAAAGGCUCAGCCAAGAAGUGUCUUUACUCAGUUAAAUGAAAACCACCGAUUCUGCAACAUCAAGUGCUACUUGGAUGGUCCCUAUGGAACUCCAACCCGACGGAUCUUUGCUUCUGAACAUGCAGUAUUGAUUGGGGCUGGUAUUGGCAUUACCCCUUUUGCCUCCAUUCUGCAGAGCAUCAUGUACAGGCACCAAAAGAGAAAGCGAAAUUGCCCCAACUGCCAUUACUCAUGGUGUGAGAAUGUCAAAAAUGAUGAGAUGAAGCUACAGAAGGUGGACUUCAUCUGGAUCAACCGAGACCAGAAGUCAUUUGAGUGGUUUGUGAGUUUGCUGACCAAGCUUGAGAUGGAUCAGGUCGAAGAGGAACCAGGAGGCCAUUUCCUGGAGUUGCACAUGUACAUGACUUCUGCCCUGGGCAAGAAUGACAUGAAAGCCAUUGGCCUACAGAUGGCACUUGAUCUCCUGGCCAAGAAAGAAAACAAAGACUCCAUCACUGGGCUGAAGACAAGGACCCAGCCAGGGAGACCAGACUGGGGCAAAGUGUUCCAAAAAGUAGCUGCUGAAAACAAGGGCAAAGUCCAGGUGUUCUUCUGUGGAUCUCCAGCUCUGGCCAAGGUGCUGAAGAGUCACUGUGAACAGCUCAACUUCAGAUUCUUCAAAGAAAAUUUCUAAUCCCAGCCCUGUAAGCUCUUUCUUACUAGGAUUUGGGAAACUGUUAUUCUUGGAGGAGUAACUUAAGGGUGAUGUAUUGUUAUUGUGAGAUGUCAAAACUUGCCACCUGUGAUCAAAUUCAUAGUCACAUAGACUACCUGGAAGCACCAAGACAAGAGCAGAGGUAUUAAUGCUCAUCUCCAAAUUUUAUCUUGUCCUGAUGGAGCUGAAGAGACCAAUAUCAGAUAGAUUUCAUUUGGAACACAAUGUAGUGCAAAAUAUAUCAUUGAAUGUUUGUAUUCUAGAACUUUGGAGGGCUGCUAUAUGUUUCUCAACCAUCUCAGGCUUAAGGCUGACUGGGAUGGGAAGGGUAUAUUACAUAUCAGUAAAAACAAUUGCAGGAAGAAUCUCAGGACAAUUUUACCUUCUAAAGUAGUCUUCAGAGAGACCCUCCCCCCAAAUUCUAAAUGUGUGCUCUCUAAAUCUAUGCUCUCUCAGAGACAAACGGACAAGUGGAAAGAUGUUUUCAAUUCGUGUGGAGAAAAUCUCUCCACUUAUCUGUAUGCUGUUUGCUAUCUUUUUCCUCUGCAUCUUUCCAUCUAUUUCUUUCUGUCUCUCUAUCUCUCAAUAUCUUUGUAUCUGUCUCUCUCCUUUUCUCUUUCUUGAACAGCAACAUCAUAGUGUGGGGAACCUAUUGCACUUUCAGUCAGGAAUACCUGGGUUUGAAUCCCACUUUUGAAAAUUACCAGUGGUGUGACUCUGGGCAAGUAGAAUAACCUAAGUCUCAGUCUCCUCAUUGCAACAUGAGGAACCUCUCUUUCAGGGCAUUGUGAGGAUCAAAUGAGAUAUUGUAUAGAAAGCCCUUUGCAAAACUUGAAACAUUAUAUAGUCACCUCUCUUUGUCUCUCUGUUUCUCAUUUUACUGAUUGGGAAACUGAGUCCCAAAGGCUUGAAGUGACUAGCCCAAGGUCACACAGCUAAUGAAAUCCUAGGAAUGUCUAUGCCCACCACAUUCAGCAAAAUACAAAGCAAAACUUGAAAAGCACUCUCAGAGGAGCAAAGUCUGAGGGCUUUUUCUGGAAUUCUCUUUCUUGGGAUUUUCAGGUAGAUGGAAGAGUCCCCAGGAGAGAGUCUUAGCAGGAGGAGCUUCACCUAUAGCAUGUCAGCACAUGUGUGUACAUACUUUUAAAAAUCUUUUUCCUUUUUUGACAGAACCUGUGAUUUACUUGGGAGUAGAGAAUUCCCUAUAAGGUCCCCUACUAAUGCAGUUCAGUAGCUGGUCUGUAUCCUAGAGUCUUAGAGGGUUACCUAGGGGCACUGAGUGAUUUGCCUAGAGUCACAUAGCCUAUAUGAUUCUGAGGUGAGAUUUGAACCCAGGUCUUCCUGGCUCCCUUAUUCACUAUAUCCUACUCCUCUCUUCACUAUAUCAUGCUUCUUGCUGAUAGAUAGAUAGAUAGAUAGAUAGAUAGAUAGAUAGAUAGAUAGAUAUUUACCGGGGAGAUUGAAAGUUAUUGACUAAUAUGCUAUCAUAUGUAUCACAGUGCCCUUCAUACAUUAGAUCUGAAUUCAGAACAUGGGAUGGAAUCUGAUAAAAUAGCUCAAAGAGACAAAAAGACAAAGGGCAAUGGUUUAUAGAGAAUAGAGCCUUGGAUUCAGAGUAAGAUGACCUGAGUUCUAGCCCUAACUACCAUCCACUGGAUAUGUGUGACCUUGAUAAGUCAUUCAUCAUCUCUCAGCUUUAUCUGUUAAUUGGUGAUAACAUUAUGUGUCCUUCUUGCUUCACAAAGUGUAAUGAAGAUCAAAUGAGAUGCUCUAUGUGAAAGUGCUUUGUAAAUGAUAAAGCUCUAU